CUCGCGAGAAAAUUCGCGUCUAUGUUGCUAGCAAGAUGGAGGACUUGUAUACAAAAUUGAAUAGAUAGUUAAAAUUAUUGAUUACAGUUUACAGUUAAGGUUUGAAUGUCGUAGAACCACUCUUUGAGUCAUCAUUCAAGUAGAUUCAGGCUAAUCAACCAGUUCCUCCAUCAAGAUGAUGGACCUGGACUUUGACGACAUGGCGACCCCCAUUCCCAUGGAUGAAGAUUUUGAACAACCCUCACAGACGGAUCUGUUUGAGUCUGUGAUUGGGCGGGGAUAUGGGGAGAGUGAGGACGGGGCCUUCUCUGACAGUGAGGAGGAAGAGGAGGUGUAUGCUAGGUCUGGUGGAGACUUCCCAAAGACUACAGAGCAGAGAAUUAACAGGCAGGAACAGCUGAGGAUGCUACACCUGAGACGCUACCUGGAUCAGCUCAGUGAGAAAGUGCUAGAGAAGGAUUACAUAGUACAAAAGACAAGACAAGAGCUACAGAAGUGCCGAGAGAGGCUAGAACAGCUGGAGAGGGAGCGCGACCAGGUGUUUGCACAGAUGUCAGCAUGUGACGCUGAGGGAAAUGUCUCUGCAGUGAACAGACUUCAAGCGCAGCAUGAGAGAGUACUGCAGGAACUGGAGGAUGAGGAAACAUUGGAGGAGAAGAUUAAAGAGACACUAGAUAGCGCUGAGUAUGAGCUAGCCAAGGCACAGGUAGAGCAAGGGAAGUUCCUACUGGCUGACGAGGAGCUUAGGAAGAAGGAGGAGCAGCUGAAGGAAGAGAAGCUCCAGAUGGCACAGACAAGGAAGAAGAAGGAGGAUCACUUUGCUGCACAGACAGAGAAGAGGAGGAGGGCUAGGGAGAAAGAGCACAUCGAAGCCAUCAGGGAGAGAGAGAGGAGACAGAGACAAGCCAUGCUGGAUGCCAAGAAGAGCAGAGAGAAGGCAAAAGUGUACCUCAAAGAGACAAUGGCCAGAAUCCGCAGUCAGGAUUUGGCCGAGGAACAGAAGAACAGAGAGGAGAUGGAGAAAAGAAUGUCCACAGCUUUGUCCUUGAAAACUGACAUCAUGAAGAACAGGGAAAAUCUCAAAGCACUCCAGGCUCGUGAUCGCGCAGUAGAACGUGCAGCCAAGGAGGCAGAGGAGCGUGAACGACAGCGUAUACUGGAGGAAGGGGGAAACCCAGAGGAGGCGUUGCUGAGAGAGAAAAGACAAGCAGAGUUUGACAAGUUAAAAGAACAACAUGAGAGUAGACAGCGCCAACACCAGGUGGAAAUAGCCCAGAGAAUACUGCUAGAGGAGCAGCGCAUGAAGAAACGCAUGAUUCAACAGCCCCAGCUGUGGAAUGACCCAAAGAGAGAGAAAGCCAAGAGGGUGGCGCCACACAAGAGGCGGAAACUGAGGAUCUUCCAGGAGAGCGAGUCUUCUUCCCAUGAAUACAGCGGAGAUGUCGAGGAUGAAAAUAGACCCCCCAUGGAUGCCAGGAUUCAGAUGGACUCAAGUGAUGAAGAAAAAGGCGUUCACUCCUCACCGUACGGCACCAUCAGCAGAGCAGAGCUGCCAGACUCCGAUUCUGAGACGGAGGCCAAUGUGGACCUCGCCAAGCCAGAGUUUGAGGGGAUGUGGGACAAGCACAAGCCGUACAGAGUCCCCAAGGACGCGGCUGAGCCCAUUAUUAAGCACCCCGGGGCCAGCAAGAUGGAGCAGGACAUUAUGGUCAAGGUUUUGGACAGACACCGAGAGAAUAUUGUCUCUAAGCAGGUGGCCGCCGGACGGGAGUUCAAGGGUUGUCCCUUCUAUAGCAAGCCUGAUGUUAUUCAUUUCAAGGAUUUUGAUGUGGGUAAAUCCUACAAGAAGAAAGUGACCCUCACCAAUGUAUCCUACACUGUCAACUACUGUAAGCUGUUGGGGAUCACAGAGCACCUCAAGGACUUUAUAGAUGUCUUGUUUGAUCCUCCAGGUCAGAUGUCAGCUGGACUCACUUGUGAAAUGCUGGUCACCUUCAAACCCAUGAUAAAUGAAGAUCUUGAAGGUGAAGUGAACUUCCUGGCACAAACUGGCCCUUUCUCCAUCCCCAUCAAGUGCACAACCAAGAAAUGUGAUCUGUCAGUGGACACCAGGGUGAUAGACUUCGGGACCACCGUCAUUGGGGAAACCCUGAAGAGGACAUUUACACUCACCAACAAUGGAGCUCUGGGCACACGGUUCGAGUUUGUGAAAAUAUCAGGCAUGAAACAAAGAAACAUCAGCACAGCAGAGACAUCUAUAGGGAGAUUAACUACAGCUGAUACAGCUCGUGUUCCCAGUCCCCUGGGAGAGGCUCAAGAAGACAAGAAGGGGAAAGGGAAGAAAGCAGCCAAGGAGGCAGCUGCACAAGAUAAAGAAAAAGACAAAGCACCUGCACGACCCGCGGAAGCUGAGGCACCACAAGAAACUGAGGCACCCAAGGAAAAGGUGACUUUGAAAGAACCUGGAUUGGAGUCAGAAAUCACCAGUACAGUGGGGUUCCCCCUGAGCACAGAGGCUGAGGAGCUGGACUCCUUUGACGGGAUGAAGGUGGGUCAGUUGAUCGGGGGAGAGAUCGGGCCGUUUACCUCCCUCAAACUGGAGAUCUUAUGGAACCCGACCUACCCUGGUGCCGUUGACUCUGACUUCCUGGUGACCUUCACUGAUGAACUCUCUGCAGAGAUCAGUGUGAAGGCCCUGGGUAAUGCCAUAGAUGUCCCAGUGUGGGUGCAGAGACAGUCUGUAGACCUGAAGAUUUGUAUGUAUGACAGGCUGUACCAGGACACCAUCAUAGCUAACAACAGGGCAACCACUGCACUGAGAUUGAACUUUGAUGUGCCAAAGGAGCUGAAGAACCACCUGGAGCUAUUACCCAAGACAGGCUACAUCCAAGCCCAGUCACAGUUUCAGGCCCAGCUCAAAUUCCUGCCAAGAUCAACCCUAUUUGAAGAUGCUGGCAAGUAUUUUGACAAGGAGACAGGGGUACUGGAGGCUCCUAUGACCAUCAGGGUGGCUGACCAG